AUUUCAUUUUUAAACAGAUUGUAGUCAUUUUUUUUACACAGUUCUAUGUAGUUUUGCUUCUUGGAGGGCCGCGUAGCUGCGCUUAGAGGAAAAAAAUAUAGAUAAGCUGCGUGGAUCAGCAGCACAAUGCCUCCGUGGUCAGUGUAGCAGCUUGAGUUGAUUGAAAUGGACGCGUUGUGCUGCAGCAGACGUGUUGUGCUGUGCCCGUGCCUGGUGUAUUUAGGCCGUAAGAUUCAACUCCACACCCCUCAGAUGUAGAGAGACAUAGAAAGCAACAUAUUUAGAUUGGAUUAUGACAACUGAUGAGUAAGUGUAAGUCAUUAAUUGAGUUGGUUCUGUAAUUAUGGCAGCACAGUGGCCCAGUGAUUAGCACUGUUGCCUCACAGCAAGAAGGUCCUGGGUUCGAACCCCAGGCCGUCCCAGGUACUUUCUGUGUGGAAUUUGCAUGUUCUCCCCAUGUCUGCGUGGGUUUCCUCUGGGUGCAUUGGUUUCCUCCCGCCAUCAAAAAGACAUUCAUGUUAGAGUUAAUACUUCUGCCUGUGCUCCUGAGCAAGGCAAUGGAAAGAAGAACUGGAGUUGGUCCCUGGGUGCUGCAUGGCGACUGUCCACUGCUCCUAUGGGAUGGAUUAAAUACAGAAAACAAAAUUCAUGCCAGUGUUCAACUGACAGAUCCUCCUUCGAAUCCUGGCGGUGCCGUUCAGGGCAACAACCCGCUCAUCUCUCAGGCUUCUAAGAAAAACCACAGUGAUGGAAGUUCAGCGACACUCAAGAGAGGGGAGCCAAGCAUGCAACCUGAUGAAGGUUCUAACCAUGAAGAGGAGGAGAAAGAACCGGAGAAUGGCCCUUCACCUAACGAGGAUGACCCAUUAGACGGUGACAAAACUCAACCUGAAAAACCUAAUGAGGAUGACGGUGACAAAAGUCAACCUGAAAAAGCACCACCAGGUGCAAACAAGGCAGAAAGUGGAGCGGGAGGAGGUGACUGUAAGGGAGUGGAGAAGGAUCCAAAGGAAUUCUCACCAGAGACGCCAUCUCCUCAAAACCAUACUACGGAUAAAAAGGUCAUUGAGAGAAUUGAAGUUGAGACACUUGCCCCUGAAGAAAAGGCUACUCCACCUGUAAAUCCAGAGGGCGCUGGAGUUCUUGGAGGUGACUGUAAAGGAGUGGAGAAGGAUUCAAAGGAAUUCUUGCCAGAGACGGCAUCUCCUCAAAACCAUACUACGGAUAAAAAGGUCAUUGAGAGAAUUGAUGAAGUUGAGACACUUGCCCCUGAAGAAAAGGCUACUCCACCUGUAAAUCCAGAGGGCGCUGGAGUUCUUGGAGGAAAUGGAAAAUACUGGGUACCCGUGGUCAUAGUGGUGAUUAUUGCCAUCCUGGGGCCCAUCUUCCAGCCUCAGUCUCAGCCUGAGAAGAAGGAUAUAGGGCCGGUAGACAUCUUCCUCCAGGAGCUGGACAGGAUGAAGACUCAAUUCCCGAACCAGCAUCUGGAGCUGUGGAGGAGGAGCCGGAUCCACCUGAUGACGCACCUUCAGACAGACCACCCCACAGAGCCGGUCAGCCUGAUGCUGACCGCCGGCCAUAGUGCUGAAAGGACUCUGCACUGCCUGGCCAAGGGCCUAGCCUCUGCUUUUUCCUCUGCCCUCAAGGCCUCCGUCCUCCACAUUGACGGAGCCAGCAAGGCCAACCAAGACAGCGACCAGGUUAAGCUGGAUAUUGACAGCCAGUUGCAGAAAGCCUUUGAGGGCAACAAGCCUGUGGCUGUCAUCCACCGUUUCGAGGAGCUUCCUCCAAGCUCCACCCUCAUCUUCUAUCGCUACUGUGACCAUGAGAGCGCGGCCUAUAAGGGAGUCUCUCUGAUCUUCACAGUGCUGUUGACAGACAAGGACAAGAUUCCUGCCCAGCUAGGUUUGGGCGCCGUGGAGGAGAUGGUGGAUGACCAUCUCCAAAGGAAGUUUCUCACCUUCGGGGACCCCAUCGCCUUCAACAGGAUGGACCCGAACAAAUAUGGUGGCCUUUGGAGUCGCAUAUCCCACCUGAUCCUGCCUGUGGUGGCAGAGGAGAGGACAGAACAAGCUGGAUGCUGAGGAAUACAAGGAAGUUAAUGCUCCUGUCUGAAAUCUCCUAUUCCAAGCAUCAAACUACUGCCUUUUAAAUCCGAUCCCCCACUGUGCUUUUUAUGUCAUCUUGAAGAUGGCACCUAGAGUUUUAAGUUCAAGAUGUCCUUAUGUUUUAAGGCAUACAGUCACUCACUACAGAUGUAAAGAAGCCACUCAGAGCUACAAUCCUGAAGAUUCACAUUCAAAUAGUUAUCCUCUUGGAUAUCUGGCAUAGUUAAGACAAAAACUAACCAACACGUGUCAAAUAUUGUAGUGGCUCGUUUUAAUAAUGGCUAUCUGGUAGGACUUUCCCAAGAAGAAUUAAUCAUCACAUCAUGUUUUACUUCCUCACCGCUGCAGCCAGACAUGGGGAUAACAGGCGAGGUAGCAGCAACUUAAGAACAGAUAAAGUUCUUCUGGCAGACUUGCCUCGUAGAAGAACUGAAGAAGAGAUAAAGUUCUUCUGGCAGACUUGCCUCGUAGAAGAACUGAAGAAGAGAUAAAGUUCCUAUGGCAGACUUGCCUUGUAGAAGACCUGAAGAAGAGGUAAAGUUCCUCUGGCAGACUUGCCUCAUAGAAGAACUGAAGAAGAGGUAAAGUUCCUCUGGCAGACUUGCCUUGUAGAAGACCUGAAGAAGAGAUAAAGUUCCUCUGGCAGACUUCCCUCGUAGAAGACCUGAAGAAGAGAUAGAGUUCCUCUGGCAGACUUCCCUCGUAGAAGACCUGAAGAAGAGAUAAAGUUCCUCUGGCAGACUUCCCUCGUAGAAGACCUGUACCGACACAUACUACAUGUAUCGCUAAAAUUCUGUUUCAGAUGUUGUUUUUUUUGUUGUUUUUCAGAAAUUCAUUGCAAACUGUCUCGUUUCUACUGGAGUUUCAGGGUGUAGGUAGAGUGGGCAGCCACCAAUUCAUUUACCAAUAUCAUGAGUGUCAGUAAUUUCCCCUCGGGGGUGAAUAAAGUAUUUCUGAUUCUGAGUCUGAUCCUCAGGAAUGUGGCUUUAGGAGCAAUGAGAUGGACUACAAAAUCUGUUUAUAAAAAAUCCUGUGUACAUUCACCAU